AACAUUUGUUUUUGACAUUCUAAAUGAGGCAUCUCAAAAUGAGAGAAGGCAGGGGUACCACCCACAACCAUCAGACGGCAUUCCUAGCUGGUGAACCUGUAACCACUGCAGAGAGAUGCCAUCCGAAAUUGAGAAACUCUGUUGUGGACAAACUCCAACAAAUUGCUAUUCAAUUGUUCCAGAUUUCCAAAGGGUCGUCCUUGAUGACCUUGUACUAGUUGUCGCAAGGCUUUAUCGUCAGGAUAUAAACGUCAUUCAAAAUGCAGAUAUAAACAGAGGGAACAGGCACGCAGCUUACAGACAAUUUAUCCUUUCGCAUCAUGGUCACCUAGGUGCACGAAACCGAAGGGUGAUACCUAGUUGUUUUGUCUGGAGAAUAAGGGACAAGUUCCCAGAUGCAUUUGGCCAAUAUAGAGGUUUCAUUGUAGGACGACUGGGAUAA